GUAGUGAGGGUCUAGCUUGCCUCUGUUUUGUUUGACAACACUUCGAACGUCAACAGGAAGUUACUCCAAACAGGAUCGCUUAGAGCACCUUUAAUGUAGCAUGUAAUAAAAAUGAUUUGGUCUACUUACAGCCAUGUACCACUCAGGAUAAAUGCGACUGAAGAUGACCUGUUGCCUGGAAGCACUCCUCAAAUUUUAUUUUGCCCUUUGGACAAAGUGGGCAGUGAAACUUUGUGCACUUGAGGCACUGGUAUGCCUCAAGUGUGAAGCACAUUUUUCACUGAUAUCAGAUGCAGUUGUUAAAGUUUCUUCAGAACUUACAUUUACAUGAAUUAUGUUGAUUAGCUCCUGUAAAGCCUCUGGGAUGUUGACAUGAUUUAAUGCAGUAAUUGCCAAAUCCAGUUCUUGCUGAGCAGUAUCCAGGAGGUAAUCCAAAUCUAAAGUUUCAAUCCGAAUAAUCAAGCUAAACUUUGUCAGCAUAUGCUGUAAAAUGUCUUCUUGCACUUGUUCCUACAGGUAAAAAAAACAGCUCCUUUAGGAUAUUUAAGCCAAGCAUCAUUUUUUUUCUCUUUCUCUCUCUUCCUCUCCAGUUAAUUUGUUUAUGUAUAUCAUGAUACCAUGUAUAGUUAUAAAGUUUUUAAUCAAUAAAACUUUAUCAAGUUUUUAAACAAUAAAUGUGUCAAAUAAAGCCAGAACUCCCAGACAGCAGGUGACUCCGCGCCGGAUCCGUGUCCAAACCGGCAAAUCCGCGUUACAGUCACCUCUGUUUCACAGCUCUAAUACGGAUCCAGCCCGGACCAGUGUUUCAAUGGGCGGGAACAACAGUCGCAAAGCAGAUUCGGGCCGUAUCCGUGGAAACGAGCGCGCGAUUUUUCUUUCUGGAUUUUUUGAAGAGGCAGCCAGUCACUCGCUUUCCUUCUACUAUCACUACAAGACUUCUCAAAGAAACAAUGAAAAGGAGGGAACCACCUUUAACAAGCUCUGGAGUCAGACGGAGGGCUCGCACUUCCCUCGAAAAACGACUGCAUGACAUUGCAGAAGACUGUCUAUUAGAAUCAGAACCAACUCAAGCUCACAAAGUUGACACAGAUUCUGACACAGAUUCCAUAACAAAUGACACACACAGCAACAAUGACUCAAGAGCCCCUCAGAUAGAGGACCAUUUUGAUUCUGUUUGCACAGAUGAUAUUGGAGAAGUGACAGAAAGACGACAUGUUUCAGAGCCCGACUCUGAAUCAGAAUCUGAGCUUGCAGAUGAGCCAGUCAGCCUUGUUGAAAGUUUAGCCAGUUGGUCUGUACAGUUUGGCAUUUCUUUAGUAGCCCUCACAGCCCUCCUUAGUUUGUUGAGAUUGUACCACCCAGAGCUGCCCAAGGAUGCUCGAACCAUUCUUAACACGAAAACUGAAUACAAAAUCCAACAAAAAUGUGGUGGUUUGUAUCAUUAUAGAGGUAUCCUGACAGCUAUGCAUAACACCCUAAAACAGCUAAUUGAAAAUAUUGCAGAUGGCUUUACCUUUCGAUUGCAGAUAAAUAUUGAUGGCUUGCCAUUAUUUAAGAGCUCUAAUUUACAGUUAUGGCCCAUUUUAGGGCUUUUUUUGAGUGUCCCAAUGAAAGAACCUGUUGUUCUUGGGCUUUUUAGUGGUACAAAAAAACCAAAUGCCCCUGAUGAAUAUUUGAGAGACUUUACCCAUGAGUUAAAGCAGCUGCAGGAAGGAUUCUAUUUUAGUGGAAAAAAGAUUUUCAUUGAACUGGAUUCUGUUGUAUGUGAUACCCCUGCGAGAGCUUUUGUAAAAAACAUAAAAGCUCACAAUGGAUAUCAUGGAUGUGAUAAGUGUUGCCAGCCAGGUGUUUAUAUCAACAACAGAAUGACAUACCCCAGAAAUGAUUUUGUGUUACGGACUGAUUCUUCAUUUUCAGACAGAGUUGACGAGGAGCAUCAUCAUGAUGGACCACAUGGAUUUUCUGGUCUAGAUGUGGGCAUGGUGACUAGAUUUCCUUUAGAUUACAUGCACCUUGCAUGUUUAGGUGUCACACGGAGAUUGUUAAAUGUUUGGCUCAGGGGCCCUUUGAAAUUUCGCUUGUCCUCCAGUCUUGUUGAUCAGAUUUCUCAAACUCUAAUUCAGAUGCGUGCAUACAUACCAGUUGAGUUUGCAAGGAAGCCGAGGUCUCUGAGAGAGCUAGACCGUUGGAAAGCUACUGAACUCAGACAGUUUCUGUUGUAUACUGGCCCUGUUGCUCUGGCACCAUAUUUAGAUUGUGAUUUAUAUAAUAACUUUAUGUUAUUGUAUACUGGAAUUUGCAUCCUUAUCAGUCCUCAGCUGUGUUCUUCGUUUAACAAUUAUGCAAACACAUUACUCACAACAUUUGUAAGUCAUGUUGGGGAGCUUUAUGGAAAAGAUGCCUUAGUGUAUAAUGUGCAUGGAUUGGUCCACCUGUCAGCUGAUGCCCAACUACAUGGUUCUUUAGACUCUAUCUCAGCUUUUCCAUAUGAAAAUUACCUCCGUAAACUGAAGAGGUUUGUGAGAAAGCCAGAAUUUCCUCUUGCACAGAUAAUAAGAAGGUUAUCAGAGGUUGAAGAAAUCAGGACUGUUGAGUUGCCCUAUAAAGCUUUAAGAAUGCAGCAUUAUGUUGGACCUGUUCCUGACGGCCUUCAAGCUACCGCACAGUACAGGCAGCUGCAGACUGAGCAGUGGUCAAUGAAAGUUUCCACAGGUGAUAAUAUUUUUGCUAUAGACAAAGACAUAUGUGCUAUCUAUAACAUCGUUCAGUCUGUGGAGGGCAUGUAGUGUUUAAAGUUUUUACACAGAUGGAAAAUUUCUACAACUACCCAGUGAGCUCGGAUUUUCUUAGAGUAUUUAUAGUGUCUCAACCUACAGGACCGUUUAGGGUAGCCAAAGCAUCACAGAUCUCUCACAAGUGUGUUCUCCUUCCUUACCAAGACAGAUUUGUUGUCAUGCCCUUCUUGCACAACCAAAGUUAUAGUGCACAGAUCAAUUAGUUCCAGGAUAUAGGUGAGGUUGUUGUAUAAGGUGAGGGUUUAGGUGCAGAGUGGUGGGAGACAAAACAAUUUAUGCUGACUAAAGACUGACUUAACACUUACAAGAAUUGAUGAAGAGCUGCUAUACUCCACAAAGGUUUCUGGAUUUUGACAAUAUGUUUUUACUUGUCGAAUUUAUGGAAACAAAGACUAUCAACAUUAUAUCUGAGUCAUGGUUUGAGGAUGGUGUCACUUGGUGGCCAAACUAUAGAAGUGAUGAACGUGUAAACCGAGCUAUCCAAAAAAAUGAAGAGCCAGGAGCAGACUGGAAAAAGUAUGAUGUUCGAGUCCUCUUAAGAACUGGUGAUUACCUUAAAGCAAGAGAGAAGCUGAGGGCCUCACUGACCUGUAAUACCUCUGAGUUACAAACAGAUGAUGAGGAAGAAGUCAUUAGGAAGAGAAAAAUUAAGCCACGGCAAAUCUUUGGCGAUACGGACUCUGAAAGUGAGCCAGAGGAGGGUACAAAGGUACAAAAGAGAUACCACAAUCUCUCCAUUUGUCCGGCACCACCUGUUCCUCCACCUACUCCUGAUGUAGCAUCUAAUGAUGCUUGCCAGACUUCUACUAGACCACUGCCAGACCUGAGGCAGGCUGAAUCUUCUACUUCCACUGCAGCACCACCUGUCCUGUUUAGUUCAUCAGGCGUGCCUUCGAGUCCUCAGAUCCAUGCUGAAGAUGGUUACUGCACAGUGCCUCCAGUUGCUACGCCUACCAUUCCAUCAAGUUCUGUGGGCCACAUCUCUGCGAUGUCGCAUUCCUUUAGGCCCACAUUUAGAUUGGGGAGGACGGGAACUGGACCUAUCCCUUGCUCUGCUGCUCAGCUGCACAUUCUAACUUUGUUAGAAAAUGUGAAGGAACAGCAAAUGCAGCUUGCUGCUGCUGUCAACAAUCUGGCAUUGCGUCUGGGGACAGACACUCCUGUAGCUGAAAUGCCACAGAAUUUCAAUGUCCCCCUGGCCACAAUGACUGAAGUUGAGGAGUUGGAGGAGUGGCUACAAGACCCAAGAAAUGCACGGGCUAAACAAAAGAUGAUAUCUGCUCUGGGUGCCGUUGGAGGACAAAACGCAAAACAGAUAACUUGGAACAUACUUCAUAGGAUUUUUUCCGAUCCAGUAGCAAAACACAUCAACUGGAAAGGAGUCAAUGGAAAGAAGAGUUUCAAAGAAAUGCUCACAAGAACUUUGCUGAUCAAUGCUUUUAUCCAAAGCGACUUACAAGUGAGGAAUACAACAAGCGAGUCAUGACGAGGAAAAUAGACACAAGAAGUGCUCACAAUACAAGUUUUACAAAGUGCUCAGAGUGUCAUAAGCUACAAUAGAGAGGGAUAAAAGGAAGUGAAUUCUGCAUUCCGGAUGAAGGCAGGAAGAUCGUUCCACCAGCAAGGAACAGUGAACGAGAAUGUCCUGGAGAGUGAUUUUGUGCCUCUCUGUGAUGGUAUCACGAGCCUUUGCUCCUUUAAGUGUAGGAGUGUAGACUCCUAAGAUUGAGUGGAAGUAGGAGGGUCCUGAGCCUGUGGUAGAUCUGUAAGCAAGCGUCAACGCCUUGAAUUUGAUGCGAGCAGCAAGUGGUAGCCAGU